GAAUCCGAGCUUGGGCACUUUAAAAAAAAAUGCUUAUUAAAAAUAGGCCUAAUCUAAAACAAUGAUUUUAUAAAUCCUGAUGUUUGAACACAAUACAUCAAGGAUAUUUUUUUAAAAGAGAGAGAUAGCAAGGUGAAUGGAUGGUAGUGUAUCCUCAAAUAGAUUGAAAUGAUCACACAAUUAUGCAAUUUUUAAAAAAAAAAAAAGGUUAAUUACUGCUAAUAAAUAUCUUAGGAUGCAGCUGGCACACUUAACUUUUGGAGGGAUGAAUCCACCAGAUAAUGACUUACUUUGCAGCUUUUGCUUCACAUUUCCUUUUGUAGUUCCACCGCCUCACCACCAGGGGGAAACCUAACUGGUUAGAGGCAGAUCGGUCCUCUUUCCGGAAAUACGUCGUGUUUGUUUUCCGGUCUUCUCCCGCAGCAUGGAGAACCUGAUCCACGCUGAACCAAAACACGUGAACAUGUCAGCUGAACUCGCGGCCGUCCCCGGCUCGGUUCCGGUGGAUCCAGCGUCCGCGGGGGCAGAAAAAGCCGCGGGCGGUGUGGCGUGUCUGGUCCCGUCUUACUCCGCCGCCGUGGAGCUGCUGUCAGCGCCGUACUCCUGUCUGGUGAUGAACACCCGCAGGAGGCACGUCGUCCUCCCGCCGGUCUACCUCUACAAGAAGAGAACCGGAAUCCAGGAGGAGCUGGAAGCGGAGCUCCUCAAGUUCUCUCAGAGCCUGAACGGAGUCCCCCUGGCUUAUGACGACAUCCGGAUAGUGGGCAGAUAUGGAGACAUCUUCGAUGACAGCGGCUACAUUCACAUGGACAUAGAGGCCAACUUUGUUGUUUUUCAGCCCAAAAAAGGGCAGAAACUCCUGGGUAAAGUGAAUAAACUCGGAGUCAGCCAUGUGGGCUGUCUGGUGCACGGCUGCUUCAAUGCCAGCAUCCCGAAGCCAAACCUCGUGUCUGUGGAAACCUGGAGGGAUGCGGGGCCAAAGAUCGGGACGGAGCUGGAGUUUGAGGUGACGGCUUUGGACGCGGAUGCUGCGGGGGUUCUUCUGAUCAGAGGACGCCUCCUCAAGACCAGGGUCCAGGAGCUGCUCGCCAUGUGUGAAAGCUCAGAGUCUACUUACCCCGGAGACACAGAACCAAACCCAGAGUCUGUCCAGCAAGAACCAGAGGACACCCCCAAGAAGAAAAAGAAAAAGAAGAAAGACCAGAUCAAGGAGGAGGAGGCAGAAGAGGAAGUCACGAGGUUGACUCCGAGCCAAGCGGACGGUAGAUCAACACCACAUCCAAACGGAACGACGGAUGAGAUGCAGAACGACGAAGCCGGUGAGAAAAAGAAGAAGAAGAAGAAGAAAAAGGAAAAACACCUAAAGGACGAGACGGAGGAGGUUGAGGUAUCUCGCGCAGAAGUCCACUGCAGCGACUCCAGCGGUUACCUCAGCGACAAACCAAGCAAGAAAAGAAAGCAUGAAAACGGUAACGACGGCACGCCAAGUCUCAGUGAUGAAAUCACGCCUACAAAAUCUAAGAAGAAGAAAAAAACAGAUGUGGAGCAGUAUGGCUGAAGUAAGACUUUUCUGUGUGGAAUUCAAAUCUAUCAUUAAAACAAAUCAAAGUGGCGCCUCUGAAGUAUUUCUCGUGCCUUAAAGAUUUACCAGUUUAAAAAAGAUUACUGGAUUUUUCUGAGCUUCUGUGAAACUUCUGAUGUUCAGAACAAAACAAGUCGAGUCGUGUAAUUUUUUUUUUCUUUUUUUUAUGUCUACUUUUGGGUUGAGCCCAUCUUUAUCCAAAUACCAUAAAGUGAGAACUUUUCAUCUCAAAAGUCACCAGCAGAGGGAGCCAAAGCAUCCAGACUCAAGACUUCACAGUUUUUUAUGACAUCUCCCUGAAAUUAUCUGUAAUUGUUGAGGUAAUAAAAGUAUUUUUCUAUUAAUUCUCUGCCACAAUCAAACAUUUGUAUGUGCUUGCAUCAAAAAAUCCUCAGGAUUAUUUUUAUUCCCACCAAAAUAAAUGUAUCUUAGAAAUA